CAACAACCAUUCCUCAAUUCAUCUCCUUCAUCCAUCCUAAAUCCCUCCUAAUAAUACCAAUCCACACAUAACAUCACCGUCAAAAUGGUCCUCAAGCUAUAUGGCUUCCCCCACUCGACCUGCACCCGUCGCGUGCGCACCGCUCUAGCCGAGAAGGGCCUCGACGCGGAAUUCAUCCCUAUCGACCUGACCAAGAACGAGCAGAAGGCGGAGUCAUAUCUAAAUGAUCUCCAGCCAUUUGGCAAGGUGCCUGUGCUACAGGAUACCGAGACGGGGAUUCAGAUCUACGAAAGCCGCGCCAUAAACCAAUACAUCGCAUCCAAAUACCGCGGCCAGGGCACCGAACUGGCUCCCCCGGAGACUGAUCUAAAGGCUUUUGCCUAUUACCAGCAGGCCCUCUCCAUCGAACAAUCCUACUUCGACCCGCUCGUUUCCGGGAUUGCAUACGAAAAAGUCUUCAAAGCGCGCAAAGGUCACGGUGAGACUGACGAGGCUCGCGUCCAGGCUCUGUUCGCUCAGCUGGAACUCACCCUCGAGGGCUAUGAGCGUGUCCUCUCCAAGCAGGCGUAUCUGGCUGGCGAGACCUUCACGUUGGCGGAUUUGGCUCAUUUGCCGUAUGGUGUGUUUGUCGAGCAGUUUGGGUUUGGGGAUGUGGUGGGGAAGUUUCCGAGUGUGAAGAAGUGGUGGGAGGGGUUGAAGGGAAGGGAGAGUUGGGGGAAGGUUACUGCUUGAUUGAUGAAUGGGUGGGUGAUUGUGUAUUGUUGGGGUUCUUGUUGAGAUGAGAGUUCAGACUACGUAUCAGACUGACGAACCAACCCAAACAUGAACACUUUCUUUCAAAUGUACUUUAAAGCUACUAUUCAUACCAAUUCCCUCCCCUCUGUACCUCUGUUACACUCUUCAAUCCCCAAUCAGAUAUUUCAACAAAU